AUGGCUGAAACAACUGCUGUAUCGCCAUUGAAGCGCCACCUAGAAGAAGAAUACCUAGCCGAAGAAGAAACGACUAAACGGAAAAAGCUAUCUCCUUCCUCUUACAACGACCAGAUUCUCUGUCUCCUCGACGAUUCAGACGAACUUAACCAACCCAACAACGACCUAACUUCCUUUAUAAACGCUCUCCAGCAAGAAAUCUCAUCAGAUGACCAAAACGCCGUCGUUUCCGGAGCCUCCAACCUCGAAGACUCGUCGGAUUCUUGCGUUUCUUCCAAGGAAGACGAAGUCGAUGAUGAGAACAAGGAGAAAGUUAUGCAGCAUCUUCUGGAAGCUUCUGACGACGAACUCGGGAUCCCUAACACUGAAUUUGGCGGGUGUAGUUAUGAAUUCAUUAAGGAUGAGAUUAAUCAAGAUUACGUCAAUGGAAAUAGUUUGUUAGAUGGUUUCGGUGAUGCGUUUUGGGAGCUUGAAGAUGAAGCCGCUAAUUAUUACACGUUGCUACAGUCUGAGCUGUUCUUGUAG